AUGGGCUUCAUCCGCGGCACCUUCAGCGUGACGGCGGCUCUGCUGGGCGCUGCUCAGGCAUGCGCCUGCACGCCAACCAUCCAGCUGAACCAGGGCAAGGUCAAGGGCUUCACCCAGAACGACACCAACGUCUACCUGGGCAUACCCUUUGCUGAGUCGACUGCCGGCCAGAACCGCUGGAAGGCGCCUGUCCCGCUGACCUCGUUCCCCGGCGGAAGCUUCGACGCGACCGCGUACGGCCCGUCGUGCGCGCAGGCGAUGUCUGGCACGGCCAUUACGGCGCAGAGCGAGGACUGCCUGAGCCUGAACAUCUGGACCCCGCAUGCUGCAAGCGGUAACCAGGAACUGCCCGUGUUUGUCUACAUCUAUGGCGGUGCGAUGGUUACUGGAGGCAGCAGUAAUGCCCAGUGGCAGGGCUACAACUUCGCGCGCAAGGAUGUCAUCUAUGUCAACUUCAACUACCGCGAAAGUUUGUACGCCUCGCCGAAUGCGCCCGAACUGGAGGGGCAGAGCCAGAACUUUGGCAUCAUGGACGUCGAGCUGGCGCUGCAAUGGGUCUACGACAACAUUGAAGCCUUUGGUGGAAACAAAUCGCACAUAGUCCUGGGCGGCCACUCUUCCGGCGGCGUGCACGUUGACCACUAUCUCUGGAACCACCCCUCGACCUUCCUCGCCGGCGCCAUCGAGAUGUCCGCCAACGCCCAGUCCGGCCCGGCCAUCACCCCGUCCGGCGUCGGCCUCAAGAAGGUCGUCCAGGACAUGCUCGACGCAGGCGUCGCCCUCUCCUGCACCGCCGACGACUACACCCUCGACUGCCUUCGCGCCGUCGACACCUACGCCUUCCAGACCUCCUACUUCAACUCCACCUCCAACACCUGGUUCUCUCCCAUCGUCGACAACAUCACCCGAUUUUCCAGCUAUGCGGACCGCUUCGCGGCGGGCCAGUAUCCGACCUCGCUCCCCCUGAUCGUUGGCAACUCCGACCGAGAGGGCGCGAUCUUUGGCUACGUUUACGGCAGCGAAAACACCAACUUCAGCAGCUGGAUCGGCACCUUUGACGCAGACCUUGCCUUUGUCCCUGCGGAUGAGCUUCUGUCUGCUUACGACCCUGCCGAUUAUGCUUCCGUCGCCGCCAUGAGCGGCGCCUCCUACGGUGACGCCCGCUUCUUCUGCGCAACAGACUACCUCCUCGAUCUUCGCGCCGCCGCUCAGCCAACGUGGAUCUACCGGUGGUUCGGGCAGUACGACAACGUCCUCCCCAUCCCGGGGCUGGGCCCCUCGCACGGCAGCGAAGUGCCGUUCUUCCACGGCGGUAACGAGUGCUUUGAGUCGAUCUCCGGCGUCACGGACGCCGAGCAGGCUCUAGCUGACUACAUGAAUGACUGGUUCGUGGCAUGGAUUAAAAAUCCCGCUUCCGGACCUGGGUGGGAACGUGCGACGCCAGUCGAUGGGCCGCUGGCCAGACUGGGUGUUCCUGGUAGCGAGGAGGCGGUUGUCAAGAGCACCACUGGCGAGUACAACAGUCGCUGCCAGAAGACGUAUAAGCCAAACUACCCCAACUAUCCGCAUGUGCUGAACCCGGUCGAGCUGGCGGCUAGUUCAGCCUCAUGA